AUGAACAUGAACACAAACAAAAAAAGAAAGAGGACUAAAUUAGUAUGUUUAAAAUGUGGUAGUACUUUUGACGAUGAUUAUAAAAAAAAACAUGAAUUGACUCAACAUGGAGGGGAAAAAGUUAGGGAAAAUAACAAGAAUGAUUCUCAACCUACUAAUUCUGAAAUCAUUGAUUUUCCCUCUAUUUCAACAACAAUAUUGGAAGAAGAUAUUGAAAAGAAAAAUGGUCACAGUUCUACUGAUGAAAAAAUACUUAAUAAAAGUUCAUUAUCUCCAAUAAAACCUGAAUCAAUUAAUAUAGAAUCUGAUGUUAAAACAAAACCAGUUGAGUUGGAGAUAAACACUACAGACAUGGUUGAAAAUGUAGAAAAUAGUUUUAAAAUAAUUAAUGAACAUUUAGAAAAUUCAAAUAUUAUCUUGGAUAAUAGCAGUUGCACAGAAAGUAGCAGUUGUGCUUAUGAUUGGGUUGCUUGCGCUGGAAUGAUUGAAUCGCUUAUAAAUAGCUUUCAGGACUGUAGUAUGCUUUUAAAAAAACUAAAAACUGAAAAUGCUCCAAAUCCAAUUUCUUUUUUAGUUUCUACUUCUCAUAUAAUAUCUUCAAUUAAAGCAGAAUCUGAAAAAUACUUAUCCAUAAGCAAUUUAGUCUUAAACUCCUUAGUAUCGCUUUCACAAGUUGCACCAAAAGAAAAUGUUGACUAUUUUCUUGAGCAUGAUCCUGAAUAUAGCUUAAUUAAAGAUGCUGCUUUUUGUUUUAUUUGCACUUUAUUUCCAAAUGGGCCUAAUAGAAAUUAUUCUGAUUCUGCUUGGAGUGAAAUAGGUGUCCGUUCUUGGCAUAAGAUGAAAGGAAGAGGAAUUAAAAAACCUGGGAAACUUCAUCAGCAUUUCACAUCAAAUGCUCAUAAAUCAGCAUUAAUAGAUUUCAGCAAUUUCUUAAAUUUUUCCGGCCAUAUUGAAUGCAUUCUUAAUAAGAAAAAUAGAGAACAAGCAAUUAAUGAUGAGCACCAAAACAAAUUUAAUCAAGAAGUGCUAAACAUACUAUUUGAUAUUACUCGUAUGCUUUCAAGACAAGGUCUUGCAUUUAGGGGUGAUGGAAGUGAAGAAAAUGGUAAUUUUAAUCAAAUUGUGCUUUUAUUAUCUAAACAUAAUGCUGUAUUAAAAAAGUGGCUUGAUGAUAAAGCAUUUAGAAAACAUAAUGUCACUUAUAUGAGUCAUGAUUCACAAAAUGAGUUUAUCGACUUAUUAAACACCACACCUGAUAUUUCACAUCGAGAUCAGCUAUCAGUCUGUGUUAGGUAUGUGAAUGCGGCUGGGGAAAUAUCAGAAAGGCUCCUGGAAAUAAUUGAAGCAUCAGACAAAACUGGAUUAGGUAUCGCAGAAACAAUUGAAAGUGUCAUAAUUAACAAUGAAUUGCCCCCAAAAAAUGUUGUUUUUCAAUCAUAUGACUUUGCCAGCAGUAUGUCUGGCAAAAUAAAUGGCACACAACAAAAAUUGUCAGAACUACUAGGUCACACUGUUUUGUUUAUACCCUGUCAAGCCCACAGAAUGAAUACUUUUCUUGAACACAGCUGCAAUGCAAGUGUUAUAGUUGGAGAUUUAUUUUUGGUACUCGAACAUAUGUAUGUUUUCUUUUCUUCAAGUACAAAAAGAUAUGCUCAUUUGCAAAAAAGUCUGUCUGAAAUUGAAAAUUCUUUACAGUUACGUAAUUUAUCGAAAAAAAGGUGGACAGCCCGAGCAGAGUCAAUAAAAGCUGUAUGGGUUUCAUUUGACUCAAUUGUAAAAACACUAGAAGAAAUGUCUACAGCCCAGUACUUUGACAAAAACACAAGAUCUCAAGCUUUAGGAAUCACCAAAAAAAUACUCACAUUUGACUUUGUAGUAUCACUAUAUUUUAUGAAAAACGUGAUGUAUAAAAUGAAAAUUUUAACUGAAAGUUUUGAAGCCAAAGAUCUCAACAUAAUUGAUGCUCUAAUGCUAUUAAAUAGUUCUACUGACAUUUUCAAUGAUAUUAACAAUGAUUCGAUAGGCAUGGAUAAUUUGAUUGAUAGUUCUAUUAAUUAUGCACAUCAAUUAAACAUUAAUCCUGAAUCUGAUUUCAACAAAAUACACAGGAGAAGACUAUUGCCAAAAAGAUUAGAUUCUAAUCCAAGUUCACAGGCAAUAUUUGAUUUAAAAACUUUCUACAGAUCUGAAUUUAAAAAAGUUUUAGAUACUCUGACAACAUUAACUUCCGAACACUUAAAAAAAUGCAUUGCUACUGUUGAACCAUUAUUUAAUCUUUUAAAAGUGCCUUUGAGUAAUAAACAUUCAGCAGAAGACUUUGAAAAGAUAAUAAAUUUAUUCCCUCCAGGAUGUUCUGUAUCCAAUAUUAAGGAUUUUGAUGCAGUUUAUUCUGAAUAUCUUGUGCUGGCUCACCGUUGCAAGGACGCUAAAAACGUUUUGGAUAUCUUAAAUGUAUCAGAAAUGUAUAAAAAUAUUUUGCCUAAUAUGAACAAGAUAUUAAGAUUAAUGUUUACAGCCCCUGUAAGUACAGCCUCCAAUGAACGAGCGUUCAGUAAACUAAAACUAAUAAAAAACUUUUUACGAUCUACCAUGAAUGCUGACCGUCUUCAAAAUUUAAUGUUACUUAAUACUAAUAAGGAUAUUUUAGAUACAAUUGAUACCAUGGUGCUCGUGAAGAAGUGGUCCCAUUUGAAACAUCGUAGAAUAGAAGUAUAA